AUGGCUCGAGAGAAGGACGGCUGGAGAUGGAAUGCAACAAAAGACGGCAAAUUCACGACCUCUUCGGCCUAUGAGACAAUUGCUAAGGAAAAGAGAGACGAGGCGUCGUGCUCGGCGGUGGAAGCAGCGAAAGUGUGGAAUGCACCUACAACUCACAAGGCACAGGUGACGGCAUGGCGUAGCUUGAAGAAUCGACUCGCCACAUGUGAUAAUCUUCUCAAAAGGAAGAUCCAAAUUGCAGAUGAGGAGAGAUGGUGCAACGCAUGUGUGAUGGCCGAAGAGACGGUGGAACACGUGUUACUUCACUGCCCAAAAACUCAACAAGUGUGGAACUUUAUUCAGCAAUGGAUCAACAUCGAGACAGUGACACCAAAAGGUCUCUCUCAACACUUUCUCUCUUUCUUUCAUGCGAGCAAAGAUAAGAGAUGGCGGAAUUUCUUGAAAGGAUUGUGGAUUGGUGUGGUUUGGAGCCUGUGGAGAUGUAGGAAUGAGAGCAGGUUCCAAGGAAAGGAGAUGGUCCUGGACUCUUUGUAA